CGUCUGCUCAGCGUCUUUGGGCUUUUUCUCCGGCUUUGGAUUUUGGGGUCCAAAAAUUGCAAACUCCGCUUUUGCUGAAAUAUUUAAAUUAUAGUUGAAGUCAUCGUGAAAAAGAAGUUAUGGUGGGAUGCUCGUAGAUCUGCUUCUGAUGAACUACAAAUGUAUCAACCAAAGAAUGUUCCAGGUUCAAGUUUAGUUCAUAGCAACUCGAUAGUUCAUGGUCAACAUUUAGAUUGUGGUGCUAGCUCAAUGGACCCAGUAAGUGGAGGAAGCAGCCUCGCCAACAACCCAAAUCUUGCAUCAAAGCAACGAUUACGCUGGACACAUGAGCUUCAUGACCGUUUUGUUGACGCUGUAGCUCAACUUGGUGGGCCAGAUAGAGCUACACCAAAAGGAGUUCUUAGGGUCAUGGGUGUGCAGGGUUUGACAAUAUACCAUGUCAAAAGUCAUUUACAGAAAUAUCGACUUGCUAAAUAUCUCCCUGAUUCUUCUUCUGAUGGUAAAAAGCCUGACAAAAAGGAAACUGGGGAUAUGCUUUCCAAUUUGGAUGGUUCGUCGGGCAUGCAAAUUACUGAAGCUCUGAAGUUGCAGAUGGAGGUGCAGAAGCGCUUGCAUGAACAAUUGGAGGUGCAGAGACAGCUACAGUUACGGAUAGAGGCUCAAGGAAAGUAUUUAAAGAAGAUUAUUGAAGAGCAGCGUCUUAGUGGAGUCCUUGGAGAUGCACCUGGCUCAGGAGCUUCCAUCCCAGUGUUGGGUGACAGUGGCCUGGAAUCUGACAAGAAGACUGACCCUGCAACUCCAGCCCCAACUUCAGAAUCCCCUUUGCAGGAUAAGGUUGCCAAAGAAGGAGUUUCUGCCAAGAGCCACUCUGUUGACGAGUCUUUCUCCUCUCAUCAUGAGCCUUUGACCCCAGAUUCUGUUUGCCAUGUGGGUUCCCCAGCAGGGAGUCCUAAGGGAGAGAGGUUGAAGAAGAAGCAACGGGUGAGCAUGACUGCAGCAUAUGCUAAACCAGAGAUUGUACUUCCCCACCAGAUACUAGAUUCGAGCUUAAAUGCCUCCUACCAACAAACUCAGUCAGUUUUCAUGGGAGAGCAAUUUGAUCCUUCAUCCGGGAUAUCGAUGAGAAAUGACAAUCAAUCGGGGUAGGCUUCAGGAACGGAGCUGUAGUUUAUGUGCUACAUGGUAAAUGUUAUCAGUUUCAUUUUGGCCGUGUAUUUGCCAGAUGGGAUUUCUGAUUAGGUCAAAAAGAAAAACUUGUUAAUGUCUGUUGUAUGAGAUAAUUAGGCGGAAGCAAAUCGAUCCCUUUGUCCUAAUAUAUCUAGCUUCCAUAUAGUGUACUGGAAUCAAUUAGAAUAGAAAUGAGAAUUCACAGUGAACAGUGGUGGGGAACUUGGCAGUGCCAUGUCUAUCAGUAUCUGAUACUGUGAUUGUUGUGUAUCUUGGUUUAAGGUCGUAGGACUUGGGUGGCUUUAAUUGGUUAUUGUGAAUUACCACUGUUA